UAACUUCUACACAAAUAUAAGAUUAAAAAAGCAUGUUCAUAAUAAAACUAUAAAAGCACGUCCAUUUUCACAUAAUCAUCAACCAAACACCCAAACAAGCAAAACCUGGCCUAAACACAUACUAUACUUCCUAAUAAUGGGGUAUUACAUGUUGAUCAAUACACUUAUCCUCCUUUUUUUUGCUUUAUUUUGCUUCAUCUUUCGCAAUAAAAAUGGGCUUCCAACUAAGUGGCCUCUUGUUGGGAUGCUUCCUGCACUCCUCAAAAACGUCCAUAAUACUAAUGCCUUUGUUUUUCAUCUUAUGGAAAAUUCUAACAUGAAUUUCCAUUUCAUAGGCCCUUGGUUUGCCAACAUGCACAUCCUAGUAACCGUUGAUCCUGCUAACCUUAACCAUAUAUAUUGCAAAAAAUCUGGAAUUUAUGUAAAAGGUUCCAAAUAUAAUGAAAUCUUUGACGUCCUUGGUGAUGGGAUCCUUAACUCCGAUUCAGAUGUGUGGAGUUACCAUCGAAAUGUGGCUCAUUUGUUUUUCCAUCAUCCUCAAUUCCACCACUCGUUGAUCUAUAUAACAUGGGAAAAAGUCAAGAAUGGACUCAUCCCAUUUCUUGAUCAUGUUGCUAAGCACUCGAUUGAGAUUGACCUUCAAAAUAUAUUCUUAAGGUUCAUGUAUGAUACAAUGAGUAAGAUCAUGAUGGACCAUGAUCCGGAAUCUCUUUCAAUCGAUUUGCCUGAUUUUCCACUCUUAAAGGCUGUGGCUGAUCUCGAACACACUAUUUUCACUCGUCACGUAUUGCCAACAUGCAUAUGGAAAUUCCAAAGGUGGUUGAAUAUAGAGGGAGAGAAUAAGUACAAGCAAGCAUGGAAAAUCCUUGAUGACUUUAUUUACAAGUGCAUAAAUAAGAAAAGAGAAGAAAUGAGGAAAGCAACAUCUAAACCAAAGGAUAAUGAAAUAGAGGUAAGUAGAGUAGAUCUAUUGACCUUAUUUAUAGAUAGCGAUGAAAACACUAUUAGGUCAAAGAGCCAUAAUGAUAAAUUUUUAAGGGAUACAGUUUCAAAUUUUUAUCUAGCCGGAGGAGAAACAACAAGUAUUGGAUUGACUUGGUUUUUUUUCCUUCUCUUGAAAAACCCACAAAUUGCUCACAAGAUUAAAAUGGAACUAGAUGGUAUAAUGAUACAAGUGAACAAUAACUAUGAUAGAUUUCUAAGCAAUUUUAUAGAGUUUAGUGGCCAGCUAAUACAUCUUCAUGCUACAUUAUGUGAAUCUUUAAGACUCUACCCAGUUUUAACAAGCAAUCACAAGUCACCAAUUGAGCCAGACAUCCUUUCUAGUGGUCAUCAAGUGAAUCCAAAUACGGAAAUUAUCAUCAACGCGUACGUGAUGGGAAGGAUGAAAUCGAUAUGGGGAGAAGAUUGCAACGAGUUCAAGCCUGAAAGGUGGAUAACUGAAGGUGGAACGAUUAAACGUGAGCCAUCGUACAAGUUUGCGGUGUUUAGUGCAGGGCCAAGGUCUUGCAUGGGAAAGCAAAUGGUUUUCACCCAAAUGAAGAUUAUAGCUGCCUUCAUCAUCCAACACUACAAUAUAGAGACCGUACAAGGAUAUUAUCCUGUCCUCGAUCACUCUAUACUUCUUCGUUUGAAAAAUGGUUUUAAGGUUAAGAUAAGUCGUUCUCAAAAUUAAUAUGAAGUAUAAGGUAUUAUAUGUGGGCCUGCCAAAAAUGUACGUAGGUUCAAAUAUUAAAUAAUCAUGGACUUUGUCCUUGCUUCCAUUGUUAGAUUUGUUACAUGUGAUAUAGAAUAUUUCAAGGUUGUUUAAGAUAUACAAGUAAAUUAAAUAAGUAUUGUCAUGAAUUGUGUAAAAUUAUCUUCCCUGAUAGGUUGAAUUGAUAUUAUAUAAUAUGAAUUUGUAUUACU